UAACACCCACGGUAACACCCACGGUUAGUUAAAUUAUGUAAUUUUUCAGAGCGCUUCAUGUUUAUAGAACCGGCAACGGACAGCGAAGAAGAAGACAAUGACGACGACGAAUCCAUGGCCGAAUCAGAUCACACUUGGAUUUUGCCUGGUGCCGAAACUCCAGACUGGAUGCACAGCAGCGAUGAAGAAAUGCCGGACUCGGGCUCGGAGGCUGAAGACGAAGCAGACGGCAGUGGAGGCGACGACGUAAUUCCGGACUCGUGCUCGGAGGCUGAAGACGAAGCAGACAGCAGUGGAGGCGACGACGUAAUUCCGGACUCGUGCUCGGAGGCGGAGGACGAAGUGGAUGAAGAGGACGGCAGUGACCACGAAGGCGGCGGCCAGGACGACGGCGACAAGAAGGACAGCGACAAUGGCAAGGACGACGACGUUGUUUUGGUUGAGUAAAUUGUUUUUCUUAUUUCGGAAUGCGCUGAUUAUAUUUUGCGCAA